CCUCGGUCAGGACCAUCCGGGUUUUUGAACGGUGCCGUCUUGCCUUGCAGCAUGAGGACAAUUUCUCCAACGAUUGCCUGGUGGAAUUGAACGAGUCUCAAUCCAGAAACGAUUACCAUUUGGUGCGCCAGUACCGCACCCCGCACCACCUUGUGCGCUUCUACUUCAUCACCCGUGCUUAUUCGUCCUACGUGGAGAGCAUCUUGAAUGACUUCCGGGCGGCUCUGGAGGCGGACCUGGUCCCCGAUGUUGUCAUCCUGCAUUCUUGCCUCUGGGACCUCAACAGAUACCACGAGGCUUUUCCCACGGAGCCGCCGAUCCCCAAAGCGAUCCGAGAAUACCGCCAGAACGUGGAGAAGCUCUUCCAAGCGUUGGACGACGUCCUUCCUUCAAGCACUCUCAUCAUUUGGAACACGGCCAUGGCCAUCACCAAAGAUGCCCGCGGAUACGUCAUCGAGGUGAGAAGAUCGAUGUGUUGGGAUUCCGACAUUUACCCCGAUUUAAAUCAUGAGUCAUGCGCCAAACUUCUAAAACAUCAAGCAUCGUCACAAAAUCGCCAGAAUU